CUCAGUCACUGCAGAUUUCAAUCCCUUUUCAAAAGCCUGAUUUCCAGUCCUACAUGUAGGUGUUAAUAGAUGCAGACUCCCAGAACCAUCUCUAUAAAUGGUGAACAAAAAGCUUCAUUAACUAUGUUGGACCAAAACCACUGGCUCUGGUGUUUUAGCCAAUAGUUAAGGACAAUAAGGCAUAUUUAUGGACUUUAAGUGGAAGUUUUAGUUCUGCACAGUUGUCAGUGUUUGAAAAUGCAGAUGCGCUUUAAAAUGCUAAACUCCAAUCAGACAGCAGGAUUUAUUUUCUUUUGCCCAUCACAUGGACUUUGUUACCUGAACAGCACGCUCAGAUGUGGCUGGUCAGACUGCAUGUUAAAUCUCACUUCAUUAGUCAUUUUCAUGUCAAAAAUGCUCUUUUAGUUCCCAAAAGCAUACAAGCACAGAAGAUACAAGAAACCAUCCAAACUGCUUCACCUCCAAUAAACUGAUCAGUGUGACUGUUCUCCCGGGUGUUACAAUAAAGUUUAACAUCCAGGCAUCCAUUAAAGUAUCUUAAGAUAAUAUUUUGAUGAUGAUGCCAUCAACAUUUUUAGGGUUAGUGAAGCUACAUGAUAUAUUGUAAUCUGCUGCCUCAUGGUUAGCGACAGAGCUAUGGAUAGGUUACUUUAAACACAUUAGCAUAGAGAAGAUGUCGGAGGAGGGUUCUUAAAAGGCCAGUCAGGGACAAGCACAGAGAAAUGCUGUCAUAUUGCACCAAGAAGUCACCAGAAAUGGACAAAACUUCAGCCAAGUGAACAUCUGAGAUGAUCACAUCACAACACGAGUUCGGGUUGCAGGGGCAGCAGUCUGCGCCAAGAUGCCUACAACUCCCUUCUCCCAGCCACCACCUCUACUUCUUCCAAGGGAACAUCAGUCAGUUCGGACCAGACAAUGGAUGAAAGAGUUCGGCCAAGUGUACGAGCAGCAGUAUGCAGUCGCCCUGUUCAACAGUGUCCGCUUUGAGAUAGAAGGAGGAGGAGGGACGCAGUCUCAGCUGCUUCACAGAAAGGACCCUCUGGCAGGUCGCACCAUCUUCUCAGGGAGUCUGUUUCAGUACCUGGAGGAGAAUCGGAAAUGGAGGAACCGUUUUGUCUUCGUGCCCAAUGACUACACCAUAAACCUCUAUGAGAGCAAAGCUGCACACGAUCGGGGACUGCACCCAAAAGUAACCAUCAACUGCGCCGGGUACAAGGCCCUGACCUCAAUGGAGGAGUACAUGGAGCUGAUUAAUAAAAGCCUGCCAGGUGUCAAGGCCAAAGUGGGCAGUAACCCAUUCAUCAAGUGUGAAACUGGGUUCCCCCUCAUCCUGUGGCACCCAUACGCCCGUCACCACUACUUCUGUGUGAUGACUGAGAAGGAGCAGAAGAAGUGGCACGCUGUGCUGCAGGAUUGCGUCAGAGACAGUAACAAUGGUCUGCCGGAGAACUGCACUGUUAAGACGCCGGCAUUCACCGACGCUGUGAGACUCCACAGACAAGCCCGAGGACAAUAUGGGACCUGGGAUAUGAUGUGUGGAACACCACCACAGAUUUUGGCUAAUCUGGUGAUGGAGAGCCUCCACCCUGACAUAAGAAACAUGAUUGUCCCUCGCCUGAAGGGGAAGAUGCAACAGAGGCAGAAGAACUGGAUGCUGAUAUCGGAUGCCGUGUACAAGCAGGUGUUGUUUCAGACCACCGGGCAGUACGAAGCUCUAGUUGAAGCCUGCGAGGCCCAGAGAGGCCCACUAGACGCCAGGCUGCGAACCGACAUGGACCAGCUCAUCACGUCUAAAGAACAUGUCAGCAGCAAGCUCCGAGCUCUAGUGCUGCCAAAAGCAGAGCAGAUCCUGCGGACCAACAUCCAGCCCUACAUCAACUCCAUUUUGGAGGCGCUGAUGGACCCCACCAGCCGAGGUUUCGCUGAGGUCAGGGAUGUUUUCUUCAGGGAGAUGGUGGAGAUCAGCAAGAACUCACUCAACGGAGGGGGCAAAGAAAAAAUGGGAGAGAACAUGGAAAGGCUGUCAAUGCUUGCCUUCCAUCCAGUGAAAAUGCAGAGCUGCUACGAGAAGGUGGAAGAGCUCAACCUGGAAGGACUGCAGCAGAGGUUCGACGUCUCCAGUCCAUCUGUGUUCAUCAGUAGGGCUCAGAUCCUUAUGAGGGAGCAAAUGGACAAUGCAGUGUACACAUUUGAACAGCUGCUUAACCAGUCCUUAGAGGCCCAGGGAGACAGUGACAUGUGCAAGAUCACCCAGAGAUGCCAGGACAGAGUUCUCAAGAAAUAUGACUAUGACAGCAGCUCGGUGCGCAAGAAGUUCUUCAGGGAGGCUCUGCUGCAGAUCAUCAUCCCCUACAUGCUGCAGCAGCUCGCGCCAUCCUGCUCACCCGAGCUGCCUCGUUUCAAGGAGCUAAUCUUUGAGGACUUCUCGCGUUUUCUGUUGAUAGAAAAUAUGUUUGAGGAAGUGGUGCUGCAGUCUGUCUCCAAAGACAUAAUGAUGGCUGUAAAGGAGGCAGCUGUGCAGAGGAGACAUAACCUCUACAGGGACAGCAUCAUUCUGACCAACAGCGACCCCAACCUGCACCUGCUUGGGGAAAACCCCCAGGUGGACUGGGCCACCAAAUUUGGCGGUGAUGAGCCGGAGGGCCCUGUCAGCAGUGCAGAUGAAGGAAGGGUUUUUGGGAGAAGACGCAAGCAGGUGGUGUCAAUGAUACAGCCUGACGGGGUGCCUCUGCCCUAUGAGUCCUGCCUGGAGGUCCCAGGGGUGGAGCUGAUCCCCGAGGAGGAUGCUGAGAUGUUUCUGAGCAAAGAGGAGGACCAGUUGGAGAAUGAGGAGGACCAGUUGGGAAAAGAGGAGGACCUCGGCCCCAAGUCUCCUGAUAGCGUGAAUGAAAUCAGGGACUUGAUAAAUCCGGUGGUUGAGGUGGUGGUGCCAGUGUCCAAGGUGGAGCAGAGUGAAAUCACCAACAAAACAGAGGCGACCACUGGCAGCAUCACCGUGGAGGAUGGGGUCAAGGAGGACGUGACUCACGUCACCACUGUGGUGGAGACGGUUCCAAAGGGGUCUCUGCAAGAGAAGACGUCCCCACAGGCAAUCCUCCAGCAGCUGGCAGCGAGCAAGAAGCAGGAAGUCGAUAAGGACGAAGCAGCCAUCCAGAACGCCAUCGAGAAGCUAGAGAUAGCAGUGCAGGAAGAUGAAAGUGAACAGAUUACCGAGAUCUCUGCAGCCGAAUCAGAUAAUGAGUCCUCCCCACCACUGGUUACAGACUCCAGCUCACGUGAGGACAGCGGCUUCCAGUCACCCACCAGCGAGGGACCAGUCACAAAUGGUCUGAAUGGAGAGGAAAAGAUCGUCGACCCCAUAGAAGUGGAGGUUGUUUUAUCAUAAGAAGACAUUCCUCCGAAUAAACUGGAGAAACCUGCAGACGAAUGGCGGAUUGCAUAAAUAUUGAGAAGCUGAAUGAAUAUGGAUUGUAUUUAAGGGGUUAAAUAUGCCUUUCCUUUGUUGCUGUUGAUAUUGCACAGUCCAGAACCCAGUCCUCCAGUUUUUUGACAUGUAGAUUUGGUGAUUGGUGAGUGUAGUCUUUCUAUAUAUUUUGCAUGUGUCAGUAAAGUCAUAUCCAAUUUCUAUAAACCCUCCAUGUCCAAGGCUGUGUCCAUUACAGUGGUAAAUUAUAAAAAGUUUUUUUUUAAUAGCAGGAAAUAAUUUGAAUAUCUGUAACAUUAAAUGCUCUUGUAAGUACAACUUACACUUUACUGCAGGUAAUCGGAGCCUUGCCUAAUGUUCUUAGCCUCUAUCUGGUCAGCAGGGGGUGCUACAGCAAUACUUUCUUCUUCAUCCUGAACUGUAUUUAUCCAUUUUUUUUGUAAAAUGUUACUUUACAAGCGUGCAAUUUGUUUACUUUAUGGCCUUUAUGUUUCAAUGCAUUUCAGUACAAAUAGGCAGGGAAUGGUAAAUACAUCUACAGUAACUUUAAAACAAAGGUUUUUUUUAACACAUUUAAAAAAUAAAGCUUCUUGAAGUUUCUUGAAGAACCAUCAACAGCUCUGGAGGAAGCCCGCUUGAUUAUUAGAAGGAAAACCUUUAAUCUUGGCUUCUAGUGAUCGAUAGAUUAUAUCACUUGCAUCAAAUAUUACAUCUUUUAUUUAAAAUCAUCCAUCUAACAGACACACUGCUGUAGUGAUCUCAAGCUGUAAAUUUAGCUUGUGUUUUAUGUGACCGCAGAUAAUAGGUUUUAAUUCCAGUCUGUUUGGCAACCCUACAGAUAACCGUUUAUUUUAGGGGGUUAUAAUUUGUUUUUAGUUUCUAUGAGUGGUUUCAUGAAAAGAACUUGUUAAUUUGGUACUAACGGGGGAAAAUUGAAGUUCUGUAUGUGCGCAACAGUAUGCUUGUUGUUGAAUUUAAUGCUUUUGCCUUGAUCAGACCUGCUAUGUACUAACUGAAAGACUCAAGGUUAGACCUGCGUGCGAUUUACAUUUUAACACUCAAUAACAUUUUUUUUUUUUUAAUUCAUAAGCACAACAGAACUUACACAUUGUCAUUACUUUUCGAAAAGACAACACUUUCUGUCCUUAGACCAUCGAUUCCCUUUGAAAAAAGGGAAAACAGGGCAGAAGGAGGCAAAAGCAAUUAGAAAAAUGGGUCUUUAACUAUGGCAAGAAAAGAUGAAACAUUGGGUUGAUAGUGCAUGUAAUACAGAAUGUCCAUAUUUAGCCCUUUUCUGGGUGUAAGAAACUGACCAAGUCGUAUUUUACCAUUAAAUUCUGAGCAGUUAAUUUAAUAUUAAUGUAACCAUUUUAUCUAGUCAGGACCCAGAUUCAUUAUUUCCAAUGGAGGGCUACCUUGUUUUUAUUUAUUAUAAAACCUGUGUGGAUUAUAACAUUCAGGUGUAAACAGUUUUUAUUCCUGUUUGUUGUACUUAUGUUUACUUAAAAUAUGUAUCGAAAUGGAUGAAUAAAAAACAAACAAAGCACAAAACACUUUAUCGGCUUCAUUCUUUUUCUCUUUAUUCUUUUUUUUCAAAGACAGAAAAAAAGAAGCCAUCACCAGAAAAAAUCUUAUUGAUAUGCAACAGUAAAUAAAGCAGUUGGACAAAUCUGUAUAAGCCUUUAGUGUCAGUGAUUUUCUAAAAUCAGUUAAAGAAAAAAAAAAAUGUCUUUAAAAAAAUAUUACCAAAAGAUAGGAACAUCUGAAACAUGUCUCAACUGUCAGCUUCAAGGCACUUUGCUUUUCUGAUUGUGGUUAAACAAUUGCUACAGAACCACAUGACCAUGAAUAAUAACAAACCAAGAUGACCUUUCACAAGGUUUUACAAGCGAGAAUCACAUGUAUCAGUUCCUCAUACGGACUAUAGCGCAAUGCAAUACUGCCUCAUGACUCGUGACUGUAAAUGUCUGAUUUAGCUGUAAGAUUUUAGUCCAAAACACGGGAAUCAAAUAUCAGGUUCCAUCUUGAAUCAUUUGACAGCAAAUACAAAAAUAAAACUAAUUGGUGCAGUAUGAAUAAACCCUGUCAAAAAAACCAAAAACCAAACAACAACAACAUAGCAUCCUAACACACCACAAGCUGUGCAGACUUCCCAUCUCUGGGUUUUGUGUUAUCAUGCUCUGGGUGACUCCAGUGCACUUCUUCUUUCUAAAUCAAUUGUUUAGAUUUUCAAGACAAUUAAAAAAAAAAAGAAAAAGAAAAAAAAAAGCAGAAUUGAACAACUAUUACUUCUGGAGAUUAAAAAAAAAAAGAAAAGAUUUUUCCACAGGUAUUACUCACAUAGUCUGCUGACUUAAAAGUGAAGUAAAACUAAUAGACUGAAAAACUGAGUAUUUUCCUAACAUUAUGUACCAGAAAUUAGUUAUUUGUUAAUUAGGGACAAAUGUUAAAAUGUAGCAUUUCCUGUUUUCUGGAAGCUUAAAAUCAUUUUCAGUUUCUAUAUCCAGAUGAGGUUUAGGCAAAGUUUAGUGUCACGUAGCUCAUUCUCCACCAAUUUUUCCAUCCUCAGAGAUCCUCGGGUGGUAAAAAGUAAAGCUUUUACUUUAUUUCACUAUAUUAAAUGUCUGUGUCAUCACAUCCGACCUAAGAGAGGAAA